AUGUCCUUCCAGAUUAGAGGCUGCCACUCCUCGGAGAGGGUGAUUUUCAACGUGGUCAACUUCUCCAAGACCAAGAGCCUGUACAGAGAUGGCAUGUCCCCUGUAGUCAAGUCUACCAGCCGGCCAAAAUGGCAGAGGCUCCCGGCCAAGAACGUGUAUUACUACCGCUGCCCCGACCACCGCCGCAACUAUGUCAUGUCUUUCGCCUUCUGCUUUGACCGGGAGGACGACGUGUACCAGUUCGCCUACUGCUACCCCUACACCUACUCCAGACUGCAGCACUACCUGGCCAGCUUGGAGCGCAGGAACCUGCCGUACCUGCAGAGGGACCAGCUGGGACUCAGUGUGCAACAGCGGCGUCUGGACCUGCUAACCAUCACCAACUCCGACCACCAGAGUCCAGAGAGGGAGAAGAAGCUGGUCUUCCUCACAGCUCGCGUCCACCCUGGAGAGUCUCCCGCCUCGUUUGUCUGUCAAGGUGUGAUUGACUUCCUGGUGAGCCAGCACCCCGUCGCUCAGGUCCUCAGAGAUCAUGUGAUCUUCAAAAUCGUCCCCAUGCUAAAUCCUGACGGCGUCUACUUGGGCAACUACAGGUAUGACGAGGUGUCUGGAGGGUUCGUGGUCGUCCCAUGGAGGGUGAGUCUGGAGUUCUACAUCGACGUCCAUGCCCACUCCACCAUGCUGAACGGCUUCAUGUAUGGCAACGUGUUCGAGGACGAGGAGCGCGUCCAGAGACAGGCCGUCUUCCCCAGGCUGCUGUGCCAGAACGCACCAGACUUCUCUUUUUCCAACACUUCCUUUAACCGUGACGUGGUGAAGGCCGGUACCGGUCGACGUUUCCUCGGCGGUCUCCUUGACGACACGUCCUACUGCUACACUCUGGAGGUGUCCUUCUACAGCUACAUGACAGCUGGCAGCACCGCCACCGUGCCCUACACCGAGGAGACGUACAUGAAGCUGGGCAGGAACGUGGCCCGAACCUUCCUGGAUUACUACAAACAGAACAACUUCAUCAAGGACAACCGGCCGACUCACAUUCAGAACUCCGAGGUGACGUCCCAGACGGGCAGCAGCAACGGGAAGGUCGGCGUCGUUGGCAGAGACUCGUCGGACAGAGAGAAGGAGAAGAGUAUCAGGCACUAG